UACAGGGGUGCGUUAUACAGUACCAAUCCAGUCAGGGACAAGAAUACUGCGCUAAAACAUAUCCUUUUCAAGAGGCACAAUUUGACCUCUUGAUAACUUGACGUUUAUCCUUGGCUUGGAGGACAGUGGCAAGGUAAACCAUGAUCUCCUUGCUCCUACUGUGUGUGUCUCUGCCCUUCGUCACCUCAACAAUAUCAUUUGAAGACCCUAGCGAUCUCAACAGUACCUUGAGUGUCAGCAUCCCCAUGGACGUGCCACUGCGCCCUCUGAUGGGCACCAAGGUGGUGGUGCCCUGCUACUUCCACGACAACCCAAUCAACCACCCGGCCACACCCACUGUCGACCCCCUGUCCCACCGCAUCAAGUGGACAUACAUCACCAAGGGCAAGGCCACCCUCAUCCUGGUGGCAUCGGAGGGCAAAGUUCACGUGGAGACGGAGUACCUAGACCGGGUCACCAUGGCCAACUACCCGCUGGUGCCCACCGACAUCACCAUGGAGAUCACGGAGCUGCGCUCCAAGGACUCAGGCACCUAUCGCUGUGAGGUCAUGCACGGCAUCGAGGAAAACCAUGACUCGGUGGACAUCCAGGUUCAAGGUGUUGUGUUCCACUACCGAGCCAUCUCUACACGCUACACUCUGAACUUUGAGAGAGCCAAGGCUGCCUGUAUCCAGAACAGUGCCACCAUCGCCACCCCGGCCCAACUUCAGGCUGCCUUUGACGAUGGCUUCCACCAAUGUGACGCCGGUUGGCUAUCUGACCAAACAGUCAGGUACCCCAUCCAUGAGCCUCGUGAGGGUUGCUUUGGAGACAAGGAUGAGUUCCCGGGCGUGCGAACCUACGGCGUGAGAGAGGUCAACGAGACCUAUGAUGUGUACUGCUUCGCACAGAAGAUGUCAGGCAGAGUUUUCUACUCCAUGUCCGUGGAGAAGUUCGCCUUUUAUCAGGCAAUGGACCAGUGUGCCAAACUAGGGGCCAAGCUGGCCACCACAGGGCAGCUGCACCUGGCCUGGAAGGCUGGCAUGGACGUGUGCAACGCGGGCUGGCUGGCAGAUAGAAGUGUCCGCUACCCUAUCAACAUUGCCAGGCCGCAGUGUGGUGGAGGACUACUUGGAGUGAGGACCGUGUACCUGUUCCCUAACCAGACAGGCUACCCCUACCCAGACUCCCGCUACGACGCUAUCUGCUACCAAGAAGAAGACGGCGAAGUCAAGACGACCCCGUUCCCAGAGGUGGCCACCAUCACAGCUGGCCCCAUGGUUUACCUUGGGCGUACCACCGCCCCUGAGGCUGAGGCACAAGGGGAGGUUCUGACCCAAGCCCCCCUGGACACCACCAGCAUGGAACUGCCCUUACCCAUCCUCCCCAGUGUGAAUGACACGUAUGCCAAGGUCACCCCGGUCGUGGGAGAAGAGAUCAUCAGCAGGGUGACAGCUAAACCUAAUGUGGCCUCAGAGUUCCCUCGUGACAAUGACACUGCCAUGUCUCCUACAGGUGUAGUGUUCCACUACCGUGCUGGCUCCAGUCGCUAUGCCCUGUCCUUCGUGGAGGCCCAGUUGGCCUGUCAGAGUGUGGGUGCAGUCAUCGCCAGCUCUCAGCAGCUCCAGGCAGCCUAUGAGGCAGGGCUCCACCACUGUGAUGCAGGCUGGCUCAGGGACCAGAGCGUCAGGUACCCCAUCCUGUCUCCCAGAGAUAAGUGCUCAGGGAAUCUGGAGCAUCUUCCAGGGGUGAGGUCUUACGGCCUGAGACCCGCUACCGAGCGAUACGAUGUCUACUGCUAUGUGGACCGCCUCAAGGGGGAGCUGUUCUACACCAGCGACUAUGACAGCUUCUCCUACGAGGAGGCCGUGGCCCACUGUCAGAAGCUCAACACCACGCUAGCCACCACAGGGCAGCUCUAUGCCGCCUGGAGACAGGGCUUUGACAAGUGCCGUCCAGGCUGGCUGCAGGACCGGAGCAUCCGCUACCCCAUCCACAACCCCAGGCCCCACUGUGGAGGAGGCAAAGCUGGGGUACACACCAUCUACGCCUUCCCCAACCAGACGGGACACCCUGACCAGCACUCCAGAUACGACGCAUACUGCUUCAGAGCUGAACCUACGAUUAUUCACACUGAAACCAGACUCAACGUUACUGUAGUUGUCGAGGAGGAAAUGAUCAACAUGACAACCAGAACGGACCAAUUUACUCCGGUGAGCCCCAUCGUACCACCUGUAUCUGUGGAUGUGUCCGGUUCAGGCUUAGCUGAGCAUUCUACCAGUGGUAGUGGCAGUGGAACCCCUGGUAGCGGAGAUACAUCUGGUGGGGCCAGUGGCGAGGGCUCCGGGUCUGGCUUCCAAGUCACAUUCGAGGGCAGUGGACACAUCUUGUCAGGACAGGGCUCUAGCUCUGGAGGUCUACAGGAGGCAGUAGAGGGGAGCACCACUGUCACUUACACCGGGUCUGGGAAUAGUGGCUCCGGGGUGGGGGUGGGAGAGUUCAGCGGUGGGCUACCAUCUGGUGUCCUUCCCCACUCCGGUAGUGGCAGUGGGGUAUCUGGGGACCUGAGCGGUAGCGGGGACUCUGUCAUAAUCAUGGUGGACGGAGAGAUGGUGGACAUCUCCAAGCAGCAGCCCACCGGACAGGAGUUUGGACAAGGAGGUUUGGAUGUCAGUGGCUCCAGUGGAGUGUCCGGAUCGGGUGGCUUCUUCAGCGGGGAUGUGACCAGCACUUUUGGCUCCGGACUUCCCGACAUAUCUUUCGAGCAUUCAGGUCUCAUUGACCUGACCGAGAAUCCCUCGGGAGAGCAGGAGGUCUCUGGCUACCAGCCUUUCGCCUCCGGUUUUCCAAGCGGUUUCCCCUCCGGUUAUCCUUCCGGUUUUCACAGCGGCUCUGGAUUCCCAUCCAGUGGUGACGGAUCCCACUCAGGCCAUGAGGUCAUCUUUCUGACAGAAGACGGGAUGAUGGAGGUGACAACACGGCGGCGUCCGGAGCAGGGUCGGGGCUACGUAGAGGUCAGUGGAGAUGGCAGUAGCCAGCAUGAGGGGAGCACCUCAGCCAGUGGGCUCUCUCUGGGGGAGUCAACGGUCGCAGAAGGCGUGGUGCUGCCCCCUGGGUCUACCAUGACUUACCCAGAGCAUAUCACCUAUCUGGGAAACACGGGAAGAGGGGAUGACCUGGACCUGGUGGAGGAAGGCCAGGAGCUGGAGGGCCAUGAGCAGAAAGGGCAGGAGCAAGAAGGACUGGAAGGGCCCAUGGAGACAAUCAAUGUCACGGCACCAGCUGCAUUCUUCUCUAGCCCAACAACAGCAACCGCCGUCUCAAUGGUGACCGCUGUUGUGGUGGAGGAGCCUGCUGUAGUUGACGCUACUCGUGACCUUUGUGAGCCUAAUCAGUGUGGCACAGGCACCUGUUCUGUGCAGGAUGGCAUUGCUUUGUGCCAAUGCCCACAUGGAUUCACUGGAGAGGACUGCAGCACAUCACUGCAGGGCUGUGCCGAAGGCUGGGUGGAGUUCAUGGGGAGCUGCUACAUGCACUUUCUAGAGAGAGACACCUGGCCCGACGCCGAGCAGCGCUGCCAAGAGCUCAACUCCCACCUGGUCAGCAUCACCUCCCAACAGGAGCAGGAGUUUGUCAACUCUAACGCUCAGGACUAUCAGUGGAUUGGACUCAAUGACAAGGACGUGCAGAAUAAGUUCCGCUGGACAGAUGGGAGUCCAUUGGGAUUUGAGAACUGGAGGCCCAACCAGCCGGAUAACUACUUUAACUCUGGAGAGGACUGUGUAGUGAUGAUCUGGCAUGAGAACGGCCAGUGGAACGAUGUUCCCUGCAACUACCACCUGCCCUUCACCUGCAAGAGUGAACCUGUCGUGUGCCACUCCCCUCCUGAGGUGGACAACGCCAGGCCGAUGGGCAGCAGAAGAGACCGCUACCCCGUCAACUCUAUCGUCCUCUACCAGUGUGAUGCAGGCUUCACACGGCGCCACCCGCCUGUUGCACGCUGCCUUCCCGACGGGCGGUGGGAGGAGCCACAAGUGGAGUGUAUAGGACCUGGUGCCACCCCCAGCAACCGACUACAUAAGAGGUCCAUCAGGAGACGGUCUAAAGCAACCAACAGUCGGUCAUGGCGGGAGCUUCUCUAAGCAGGACCGAAGGGACACACUAAAAGAGAACCAAAUGGACCGCUCUUGUAAAGAAACAUUGAUAUUCAAUGCCAUUUUGCCUGACCUAAAGAGAUAAAGUUCCCACCAGGGGUGGAAAUGGGGAAAAGUUACUUUGGGAACCCACCAAUGAAAUAAUCCUUGAAUUCACCUGUAGCUAAUUUUUACAUGUCAAAAUGAUUGAAUUCCCUCAUUUCCACCCCUGAUUCCCAUCGUGUGUAUAUAUUUACAUAUAAACACCAAAGCACAUUCGACAUGAUUUUGAUAGUCCGACUGACAAUGUUGAUCUCUGAGUGUCACUCUGUGCCUUUGUGGGGGAUAUUUGGGCAGUGGUUCUCAACCUGGGGUACCAGCAACCCUGGGGGUACCUGGCCUAUCCACAGGGGGUACUUGGGAAGACUCGAAUAUGUAUAAUUGAGAGGAUACUUUGUGCAGAGCAUUAUGGACCUGAUUUCGCCCUAAUAAACGAUGCCUUUCUUGUGCACGCCUUUCCUAUGCACAUCUCAGUAGUUGGUACUCAGACUUACCUUAUGAAGGUGCGUAAUGGGGUUUGCAGACGUGGUUUCCUUACGCGCAAAGAAAUAUAUUGGUUUGUUUCAUCCGGAAAGUAGUCACAUUCAAGUUCAAUCCAUUAAAAAUUGGGAAGGUGGGAAAAAAAGUGUACAAUAGGAUUUGAACAAUAGUACUAUAAAUCUACCAUAAGCCUUACUAAACAUCGAACUGUAUGACAACGGUCCAGUCGUUAUGAACCGUUCGCCGAGCUCCAGGUGUAACCUGCUAAGUGUGGUCUGAGUUCCAUAAUGAUUCAAAUAGGCUACAUGUCCGAAAUGAUUGCACAAUGUUAGACUAAUGCUUGCGACACUCAGGCAGUGGAAGGUUCUAGCUUGUAUGGCUCACUGGGCGAACCCACCGUGACAUGAUAUCAAUGACGUUACGUGCAAAUGAGCGAUAGAAAACCGAUCGUGCAAAUGUCACCAUUCUGAAUUUUUUUAUGCGGGCGCCCUGGGUUGCCCAUGUCGCCUAUACCUAAAUCCGCCACUACCCUCAGGAACAGUUUACACGGACGUGAAAGAGAACUAACACUAAGUACUGACCGUGGCCCCCGAGAGCAGGCUAAUAUUUAACAUGAUACAUGUUUUGUAUGAAACAGAAAAGCCUGGGCAUAUAAUUAUAAUUAAACAAUUCUAAAGUGCAUACAUCAACAUCUGCAGGUUCAGCCAUACAGAAGCCUAUAACUUGGGUGUCCAAGGGUUCUACCUGGAACCAAAAAUGUUCUCGUAUGGGGACAGCCGAAGAACCCUUUCAGGUUCUAGAUAGCACCUUUUGGGGGGGAUUUUCAGAGAUCAUAAGGAAAAACCAUCUAAAACAACGAGUCUCAUGCUUAAAUUCAAGGUCAGAAUACGCAUAGAGAGAAAAGUGCAUCAAAAAAGGGAAUCGGAGUCUAAGGGGUACAGUUGACCAAAAAAAGGUUGAGAACCACUGAUACAGGGGAAUAUGGGGGAGGUUCAUCUUGUGUCAGAAUCGUUUGAAAGGUUCAUUAGUUUAUGGCUGUGUUCAGCCAUUGGAGUCUUUUGAUUGGGUGGUAGAGAGAAUAUUUGGUCCCUCAUGUAUUAUACUCUGACUAGGGUGGGAGGUGUGACUCAAUAAAAAUAGAUAGUAUUAUUUAUUUGGGGAGUCCCAUCUGAAUGGAGUGGGAACGAAACAUCCCUCCCCAAGGCACUAGAAUGACACUGAAAGUCAAGAACAAAGUUAAAAAAGUGUUUAGGAUUGCAGCUGGAUACUCUGAAGUCAAGCACAUUUUUUCCCCCCUUUUAGUUUAUGUUUGAUCAUUUGCUUUUUUUUCUAGCGUUGGACCUUAGGACCAAAUAGGGAACAACUCCUAUAUGUGAAGAAAAGAGACAGAGCAAUGUUUGUCUGUUUCGGAAUGUCGAACAGAGUACCUCCAACUCUGGCAUAGUAUUGUGCUCUCAUCCUGGACCUUUGGGCUAUUUUCGGGCACCAAAUAAUUCAGAACACAGAGACGAGUAGAGGGCGCACUUGCCACAAAGCCUGUUUUAGCAUGAAGAAGGGAAAAUGGACAACUUCAGAAAUGGGGAUAGUCCUCAAUGGCGAUGCCCACGCUGUCACAGAAGUGAUCAAUGGCAAAGAUAGGACGUGUGCUCUCUUUUUUCAUCUCUACGCUUCAGAACCAUCUGGUGAAAAUGCCAUCGAUGCAACUGUAGCACUAUGGGAACAGGCUAGCGUCCAACAAUCCAUGUGACCCUACAAUCCAUACGCUCAUACACGUGUUUGUCUGUUUAUUUCUCACUGUGAAUUCUCUCAAACGACGCUUUUGAUGUCAGAUAUCAAGCAUUCUGAUGAAUGAAUAAACAGGGCCUUUGUUUUCCAUUCAUCUUAUUCACGACCCCAAGUCUCCCUGUGUGCAGGAAGGGGAUUAUGAGGGGUUGAAUUGGUACUGAAGCACUUCAAAAUGAAUUGACACCAGUAGCAUAACAAGCUGUGAUGGCACAAGGAUAGAUAGAGGAGGAGGAGUUAGAGGAUAUGUUAAGUUGACGAGGAUCCUUUUGGGUCGAAUCAUGUUUAACGUUUGGGAAGCAGGGGUUCAUACUCAAGCUUCCCUCCCACCCAACUCACGCACGUUCAACAAACUCACUCAACACAAUACUCUCACACGUCGGAAGUGAUGUCAACAUUUGAUGAAUGGUUGAAUGGUUUAUGGGUGUGUCAGUGCAGAGGGAGGUCACACACACGUGCACACACAGACACACAGACACAGACCCCCCCACACAGACACACAGACACACAGACACACAGACACAGACCCCCCCCCCCACACACACACAAACAAACACACAAGAGAGAACCGUAUGGGUGUGUGCCCAUGCAUGUGAGUAUAAAGUGUGUGUGUGUGUUGAAUGAGUGUUUCAGCACAAAGAACAUAGAUACAUGUGAUAAUGUUUAUUCAGUGUGUGACAUUCUAAUAAGGGAUUUGGAUGUGACUAUCAAAUAAAAUCUGAAAUCGUCUGUUUCUGUUCAGUAAUGUGUCCAAGUUAUCUUUGAUUUAGGUAUUGUGUAUAUAUAUAUAUAUCAUAUUAUACAUUGUAUACUAUGAAUAUCAUAUGGCAAUAUUGUAAAAACCUUAAUCCAACACCUAGCAACCUGCAAAAGAGAUUUUGGCAUAACAGGUAAGGUAUUGAAUUGGUGGACCCAGUCAAUGGACCCAGCGUCCAGUCCAGAUCAGGGCUAUCCUCCCAAAUUCGUUGCAAUAUGUAGCUACAGUAUUAAGAAAUUAUAAAAAGUG